UCAUGUCGUCGGUGAGGCUGGAAGGCGAAGUGCUCGCGCGGGAUGAUUGGUGAGGUGUUCCACUGACCGCGCCCUCAUUUCGCGCCUAUAACCGCUACGUUACCGGGAGAACGCGCAUAUAGCGGUAGAUCUGCUGUGGCGUUUCAUGCAGGUUGAGCGGCUUGACGCGCUCACGCGGCCGUCGACUGUACGGCAGUGAAAGGGGAGGGCAAACGCAGCAUUUCGCCUCUCUGGACUAUAUAAAAGACAAACGAACAAUUUACAGUGAGAAGUGGGGAUAAAGCGCGCUCACUUUCAGCCACAAACACAGAGGCCUGGUCAGAGGAUUUCUGGUGGUGACGUCUUGCCGGUGGAAUGCAGAUGCACUUCUCUAAGGGGAGCUGAGGUUUGCUGUGGAAAGAAAUCAUGUAUUUGACCUACUACCCACAAAACGAAAAAUACAACCGCAGCAGUAAUCCUACUUUCACCAGAGGGUGAGAUGCAUAAAUCGGUCUUUUAACAUGUCGAGUCAACUAGAUUUUUAGGGCAGUUUUAGAUUUCAAAGCACUAAGUAAGUACUGUGUGAGUUUUUUUUUCUUACAUGGUCUUUCAGAAGUGUUCCUCAAUGGAGAUACUCAGAAGAGAAUCAAGAUGGAGAAUCUAGUGAAAAGAAACUCUUAAAUAUUAGUUUUUUUUUUAGAAAACUGGGAUCUUACCAAUUCUGCAGCGCUAUUUUGGAAAAGGCCAGAUAUAUUAAUACGCUAGACUGGGAAUAAAUCUCUCCUCUGCAGUGGAUUAAGAGAAACGGAACAUUAGAAAAGGAGGAUUAGGAGCACACUUGGAAGAUGAUGACACGGAAGUGGAGGUGCGGCGCGAAGUUCUCGCGGGCCUCCUUUUGGCUGGGGCUCAUGGUGGCCAUAGCUAUCACUGCAGCUCUGGAGUUUGAUGGUCUGCCGGGUCAGUGGGUUCGCUAUGAACCCUGGGAGGCGGGAGCCACCGGAGAGCUGAGCUUCACCAUGAAGACGAACAUCAGCAAAGCUGUAGUGCUGUACCUGGAUGAUGGCGGCAACUGUGACUUCCUGGAGCUCCUGAUCAACGACGGCCGUCUGCAGUUGCGCUUCGCCAUCCACUGCGGCGAGCCGGCCUCGUUGCACAUGGAGACGCACAUCAACGACGAACGCUGGCAUCGCAUACUGCUCACGAGGAAUUACCGUGAGACCAUGCUGGCGAUGGAUGGGGAGAGCAAAGUGGUGGAGGUGAAGUCCAAGCGAAGGGAAAUGAUGGUGGCCAGCGACUUGUAUGUGGGUGGGAUCCCACCGGACGUGCGUCUCUCGGCCCUCACCUCCAGCACGGUCAAAUACGAGCCACCUUUCCGAGGCCUGAUCGCCAACUUGAAGUUAGGAGAGACUCCUCCUGCUCUCCUGGACAGUCAGGGCGUGAAGAACGAUCUGGAAUACCUGUGUACCAAACAAAACCCCUGCAGCAACGGAGGACGCUGCUCCAUUCAUGACAGUGAGGUGCUGUGUGAUUGCUCCAAUACUGGCUACAAAGGGAAAUACUGCACUGAAGCUCUCCAGCAAGUUUUAGGAGGUGAUCCAGAAUCAGGCCAAGUGGAGUCAGUGGCCACGUUCAAGGGUAAUGAGUUCUUCAGCUACGACCUGUCCCAAAAGCCCAUCCAGAGCAGCACAGAUGAAAUCACCCUGUCCUUCCGAACGCUGCAGAGGAAUGGUCUCCUGCUCCACACCGGCAAGUCUGCCGACUAUGUCAACCUGUCUCUGAAAAGUGGGGCCGUGUGCCUGGUCAUCAACCUGGGCUCCGGUGCCUUUGAGGCUCUGGUGGAGCCGUCCGACGGCAAGUUCAACGACAAUGCCUGGCACGCGGUCCGUGUGUCCCGCAACCUACGUCAGGUGACGAUAUCGGUGGACAGCCUGCUGACAACCACUGGCUACACCCAGGAGGACUACACCAUGCUGGGCUCAGAUGAUUUCUUCUACGUGGGCGGCAGUCCAAACACAGCAGAUCUGCCCGGCUCCCCUGUGAGCAACAACUUCAUGGGCUGCCUUAAAGAUGUGGUCUACACCAAUAAUGAGUUCAGACUGGAGCUCUCCCGCCUGGCUGAAUUGCGCGACCCCAAGGUUACCAUCCACGGUGACCUGACCUUCCGCUGCGAGGAUGUCGCCGCAUUAGACCCCGUCAGUUUCGACAUGCCGACUGCUUAUGUAACCCUUCCGCACUGGAACGCAAAGAAAGCCGGUUCCGUGUCCUUCGACUUCCGAACCACCGAACCCAACGGCCUCCUGCUGUUCAGCCACGGGCGGCCGCAGAGUUCCAAAGAUCACAGACCGAAGGUGGACUUCUUCGCCAUGGAGCUGCUUGAAGGUUUCCUCUACCUGCUCAUGGACAUGGGCUCCGGGAGCAUCAAGAUGAAAGUCGGGAACAAAAAGGUCAAUGACGGAGAAUGGUGCCACGUGGAUUUCCAGAGAGAGGGCAGGAAAGGCUCUAUCUCCGUCAAUGGCCGCAGCAUGCCCUUCUCUACCAACGAGGGCAGUGAGAUUCUGGAUCUCGAUGGUGAAAUGUUUCUGGGGGGUCUGCCGGAGGACAGCGGCAGUCUUCCUCUCCCCCCAGAGGUGUGGACCGCCCGCCUCAGGCUGGGCUUUGUGGGUUGCGUGCGGGAUCUCUUUAUAGAUGGGCACAGCAAGGACCUGCGGCAGUUGGCGGAGCUUCAGAGCGCUCCAGGUGUCAGCAGCUUCUGUACGAGAGAGACCCAUCGGAGGUGCAGCUCUGAGCCCUGUUCCCACGGAGGCCGCUGCCGCGAGGGCUGGAAUCGACAUGUCUGCGACUGCACUGGAACUGGAUAUCUGGGCCCCAACUGUGAGAUGGAGUCCGCAGUGCUGAGUUAUGACGGCAGCAUGUUUCUGAAGGUCCUGAUGCCUCAUGCUGUUCACACUGAGGCUGAGGACGUGUCUCUGCGCUUCAUGUCGCAGAGGGCUUAUGGUCUGCUCAUGGCCACCACCUCCAAAGAGUCCGCCGACACCCUGCGCCUAGAGCUGGACGGGGGAAGGGUCAGACUCACCGUCAACCUAGAUUGUAUCGGGAUAGACUGUAACCUUAGUAAAGGACCGGAGACUCUGUUCGCAGGGCAUAAGCUGAAUGACAAUGAGUGGCACUCUGUGAAGGUGGUGCGCCGUGGGAAGAGCCUGCAGCUCUCUGUUGACAAUGUGACCGUGGAGGGCCAGAUGAGCGGAGCACACACGCAGUUGGAGUUCCAUCACAUAGAGACGGGCAUCAUGACCGAGCGGCGCUUCAUCGCAGUCAUGCCUUCCAACUUCAUCGGCCACCUGCAGGGCCUCUCUUUCAACAGCAUGCCGUACCUAGACCAGUGCAAGAAUGGUGACAUCUCCUACUGUGAGCUCAAUGCCCGCUUCGGCAUGCGCCGCAUCGUGGCAGAUCCCGUCAGCUUCCGGAAUCGAGCCAGCUAUGUGGCGCUGUCCACCCUGCAGGCUUACGCCUCCAUGCACCUCUUCUUCCAGUUCAAGACCACCAGUCCUGACGGUCUGAUGCUGUUUAACUCUGGAGACGGCAGUGACUUUAUCGUGAUCGAGCUUGUGAAGGGGUACAUCCAUUAUGUUUUUGACUUGGGCAAUGGGCCGUCGCUCAUGAAGGGCAACUCCGACAAGCCGCUCAAUGACAACCAGUGGCACAACGUGAUGGUGUCCCGCGAUGACAGCAACGUGCACAUGCUCAAGAUCGACUCCCACACGGUCACGCAGCACUCCAAUGGAGCCCGCAACCUGGACCUCAAAGGAGAGCUGUACAUUGGAGGUAUUGGGAAGAGCAUGUACAACAGUCUGCCCAAGCUCAUAGCAUCGCGGGAUGGCUAUCAGGGCUGCCUGGCCUCAGUUGACCUGAAUGGCAGGCUUCCUGACCUGAUCGCAGAUGCUUUGCACCGUGUGGGGCAAGUGGAGCGAGGCUGUGAAGCCGGCCCUGGCACAACCUGCACGGAGGAAUCCUGCUCCAAUCAGGGAGUGUGUCUGCAGCAGUGGGAGGGGUUUACCUGUGACUGCACCAUGACGACAUACGGAGGUCCCCUCUGCAGUGACCCUGGGACCACAUAUAUUUUUGGGAGAGGAGGAGCGCUUAUCACGUACACCUGGGCCCCCAAUGAUCGGCCAAGCACCAGGGCGGACCGUUUGGCCGUGGGCUUCAGCACCCAGCAGAGUGAUGCCAUCCUGAUGCAGGUGGAGAGCAGCCAGGGCCUCGGAGACUACCUGCAGUUGCACAUUGAACAAGGGAAGGUCAGUGUGAUCUUCAAUGUGGGCACAGAUGACAUCACCAUAGAUGAGCCUGCGGUCACCGUGAACGACGGCAAGUACCACGUGGUUCGCUUUACGCGUAGUGGUGGCAACGCCACCCUCCAAGUGAACAACCAGCCCGUCAUCGAGCGCUUCCCAACAGGGAACAUUGAUAAUGAACGGCUUGCUAUAGCCAGGCAAAGAAUUCCAUACAGACUUGGUCGGGUAGUUGACGAGUGGCUACUCGACAAAGGUCGACAGUUGACUAUCUUCAACAGCCAGGCGGCCAUAAAGGUGGGAGGUCAGGAUAAGGGGCGGCCGUUCCAGGGCCAGAUCUCAGGCCUGUACUACAACGGGCUGCAAGUUCUAAAACUGGCCGCCGAGGGGGAUCCGAACGUGCAGGUGACAGGAAACUUGCGUUUGGUUGGGGACGCACCCUCCGUCCUGUCCACAGAGACCACCUCGGCCACCCCUCCAGCUGCGGCGGACAUGUCCACCACCAUAAUGGAGACCACCACCACCAUGGCCACUACCACCACCCGUAGACAGCGCUCUCCUAGCCUGAAGGACAGUAUUGCACAGAACUCAGAUGACCUGCUGGUGGCAUCAGCCGAAUGUCCCAGUGAUGAUGAGGAUCUGGAGGAGUGUGAGCCGGGCACUGGAGGUGAACUUGUGUUGCCUAUAAUUACUGUGGACACCCAAGACCCCCUUCCCAUAGUCACCCGUUACCCCACCAUCCCUGCCCCCCCCACAUCCCUGACCCCUCUCCAAACCACCAAAGAGUCCCUCGUUCUGUCCGACCUCCGCCCGCCAUGCCCUCCGGACCAGGAGGACUGCGGCGACCCCAUGGAGGUAUCGGCCUUCGGCUCUGGAGAAAUGACGGAGUCCGAUGACGAGGACUUUUACAAAAACUCCCCCAUGGUCACAGACAGGACGGUCCUACCGCCGCCCCCUGCCGUGGGCAAGAGCGGAGGCCAGAGCCCAGGUGACCACCGUCCUCCAGUCCCCAGCCCCACCACACACCCCAACCAGCUCCACAUCCCCGCAGGCAAAAUGAAUACCCGUGACCAGGUGCUCCUACCGCCCGCCCCGUCCUCCCGUCACACUCCAGCGUUAACCUACCCACCUGGUUUCCCCCAUGUGCCCACAGCUCACCCCACCGACCUGAUGGAGAAGGGCCACCCGGGCGCUGUGGAGGUAAUCAGGGAGUCCAGCAGCACCACAGGCAUGGUGGUCGGCAUCGUGGCAGCUGCUGCCCUCUGCAUCCUCAUCCUCCUUUACGCCAUGUACAAGUACCGCAACCGGGACGAAGGUUCUUAUCAGGUGGACCAGAACCGCAAUUCAGGAUCCGAAAGCAACGGCGCCGUGGUCAAAGAGAAGACGCCGAGCACAACCUCCGCCGUCGCAAAGACGACCGCCAAGGGCAAGAAAAAUAAAGACAAGGAGUAUUACGUCUGAGAGAGACAGAGGAGGAGGUUCACAGACAGGAAGUGUGCUGAGGAUUUUAAAACUUCAAAUCACCUCCUCUGCAUCCUCAAACAUUUAAGCCACACGAUCUUCUGUUUACUUCUCCAAACGUUUUUCUGCCAACCGAAAGAUACGGACGUAGGGAAUGAGGAGGAAGGAACACUGACCGAUAGAUCCUCCUUUCGUUUCUGUCUUGCGAAGCCAUUGUUGUAUGUAAUUUUAUCUCUAUCAUGUCUAAAGAAAAUCUUCCAUUACAUUCCAAAUGAUGUAAUGCCCUCUUUGCGAUUAAAAAUUUAUGUUUUGCGGGCCUCCAUGGGAGAGUAACCAACACCAUGGACAGGGAGAGAAAACCCGCCGGUUUAACAGAUGUAUCCACACACGAGCUUUUGGUGCUAUUCCUGAACGUUUGUUUAAUAUUAUCUUCACAGAGCUAUGAAAUUGAGAUCUUCUACGAGGCGGUCGUUGGCCCUCAUUGUAAUCAUUCAUGAAGAACAGAAGCGAUUCUGUUAGUUAUUUGCACGAGACAAGCAGAUGCUCCCAUCAGUUCUUGUGGAGAUGUUAAAUCUGACACCUUUUUCGUGUUCGGUUGGAAAGGCGGUGGAUAGUAUCACAUUUUCUGUUUCAUUCUCUGACUGAGCCUGAAAAACCCGGAGAGUCUGAAUUCGUUUACACUCUGGUAUCUUUUGUCAGUGUAGAAAUUAGGAUUUAUCUGUCUCUGCCAUGAAACACAUUAUUCUAAUUCUUUCUUUGUUGUUUAUCCGCCAUGGUUUCAUAAACACGUUCUCGCUUAGAAUCGCAGAUCAGACGGUGAAGCCUGCUUUGACAGCAACACCUCCACUAGCAGCUCAGAAGGUUGUUAGAACUUUAAAAAGCCAACGAAAGGCAUUCAGCAGGCAUCUCUCUCGCUCUCUCUCUCUCUCUCUCUCUCUCUCUCUCUCUCCAUGGUGCCGAAACAUUGUGAUCUGUUAGUUAGGCUACUAAUUGUGUUCCAUGCAUGAUGCAUUCACAUUCAGCUUUCCAUGAGAGUUUUUUGAUAUGAAUUACAUAAAGUUGAUAACUCUCGUCUCACCCGGAGGGAUUCAUAGCACCAUGGGCGAGCACGACGCGGACAAAAGAGACCUCAGAAAGUGGGACUGUCCUGAACUGAACAUCAGCUUGGACGAAAGAUGUUGUAUCUAUGUAAAUACAGGAAAUUGCUGAAAACGCUUCAGGAGACAGGUUUGUGUGUAUCGAGCAUACGGUACGUUUGCGUGUGUGUGCUUGUGUGUGUGUGUGUGUGAGUGUUUUCCUCGUUCGUCCUCCGGCAUGAGAAAGAUAUACACAAGACUACGAGAACCCUUUCUCUUGCCUCCUGUAUUCUCUAUGGUGUGAAACUACAGCCCAAUACCCAUCCGAAUGAGACUACAGACAGUGAAACAAACAGGAUAAAGAGAACGGAGGCGAAAUCAUAUUUUCAGAACUGUGUGGCAUCUCUUCUAGGAGGGGAAAAAAGGAACCCGUUCUCAUCGGGAUGCCAGCUCACCACCUCCCAAACCUAAGAAAGUGAAAAGAAGCGAACUGACAAGGCUUUUAUGGAUAAAGCAGCACAACCUUGUGUCCAGACUUUUGUAUCUAAUGACACCUCCUGGAAAGGAGGAAAAAAGGAAGAAAAAAAACUGUAUACCAUCUAGAUAUUUCUCACACUUGAAAAUAUGUUUUUCCUGAAUUGACAUUCCUUGUUAUUACAAAGAGGUUUUUGUUUAGUCCUUUCUCUGCAAAUGAAAAACAAAAUGUUAUUCACAAUAGAUAUUACUUCAGUAACACGAAGUGAUUUUCAAAUGUGAAAUUAUGGGGAAAAAAAUAAUAAUAAUAAUGUUUUGGGAUUUUAUUGAAUUUGGUAAAAGAUGAAGCAUUACACCUAGCCAUACCUCCAUUUUACAUUUGGGUUUUUUGUUACGUCAUUGACAGGGCUUUUUUCUGUUUGUGUUUUUGUUUUGCUUGUUCUUUUAAGAUAUAAUUGUCAUUUACCUAUGCUGGUCAAAGUAUAUUCCCGUUCUUAAUGUAAUUGUAAAGUGUUACUGUGAGAUGAAAUCUAAAUAUGUGUACAUUGACAGAGGGAAAAAUACACUUG